AAGAGCUGCUGCUCCGAUGAGAGCCCUGUGGAUGAUCUCAAUGCAGGAAAACCUGGAUUUACCCUUUCCUCGGAUUUCUAUUUUGGCUGCUCACACACUUGGAUUGAUGGGAUGAUGAUUAUUUUCUACACAUUUUAGAAGAAGGAUUUAAGAUAUGGACAAUCAGAGCUUUGUGAAGGCUUGGAAAUGGCAAGUAGCUUUCUCCCUUCUCCUUUGUAGCUGGGGCUGGGUCUCUGGGCAGCUGCGUUAUUCUAUUGCUGAGGAGUCUCAUCCAGGGACUGUAGUGGGGAAUGUGGCUCAGGAUCUGGGGGUGAAUGUGGCUGAUAUUAGGAGAAGGAGACUGAGUCUGGGGUCAGAAGGAAGCAGCAGAUUCUUCUCUAUAGAGCAGAAGAAUGGAGCUCUGGUUGUAUAUGAGAGGAUUGAUAGGGAGAGCCUGUGUGGGUCCAGCCUGAGCUGUUUACUGCAUUUAGAGGUUGUGGCUGAGAACCCUCUGGAGCUGCACAGCCUGGAGAUAGAGAUCCUGGAUAUUAAUGAUAAUUCACCAUUUUUUUUAUCUUCAAAUCAGAUUAUAAAGAUAACAGAACUAAUAACAAUACAAGGAGAACAAUUCCCUGUAGAGAAUGCACGGGAUCUUGAUGUAGGUAUUAAUGGUGUCACUCAGUACAGACUAAACCCCAAUCCAUAUUUUUCAUUGUCUGUAACUAAAGAUUCUGGAUCCGUCAUUGCUGAAUUAGUGCUGGAAAAAACUCUUGAUAGAGAAGAAAAAUCAGAGCACAAGCUGAUUCUCACAGCAAUAGAUGGGGGAGAACCAGCCAGAUCCGGAUCAACUCAGAUAACAGUCAUAGUAUUAGAUAUCAAUGAUAAUGCACCAGUAUUUGAUCAGUCACGUUAUAAAGUGAACUUACCCGAGAAUGUACCUUUAAAAUCAGUAAUAUUAAAACUUAAUGCUACGGAUUUAGAUGAGGGUAUAAAUAGUGAAUUUACAUAUUCCAUAGAUCAACAUACCUCAGACGCAGCAAAGGAAAUACUCGAUAUAAAUCCAGUUACGGGUGAAGUAUUUGUUAAGGGAGCGGUGGACUUUGAAGAGUCAUCAAUUUAUGAAUUAUUGAUAAAAGCAAUAGAUAAAGGGUCUCCAAAACGUGAGGGUAGAUGUCGUGUCCAAAUCGAAAUAGAAGAUGUGAAUGAUAAUACUCCUGAAAUAAUUUUUAUAUCAAAAAAUAAUGAAAUACCCGAGAAUGCCUCCUUAGGAACUGUAGUGGGCUUCAUUACCAUAAGAGACAAAGACUCAGGCAAAAAUGGAGAAGCCAAGCUUGUAAUGUCCCCAGGUUUACCCUUUAAAUGCCAGCCCAUGUCCCAGCGUUAUGCUCUGGUCACUAGUGGACAUCUGGACAGGGAGAAGCACUCACAAUAUACUAUUAGACUGACGGCAUCUGAUCUGGGGUCUCCAUAUCUCAGCAGCCACAUUACAAUCAGCCUUAAUAUCUCUGAUGUUAAUGAUAAUCCUCCAGCAUUUCUACACCAUGUCUACAAUGCCUUCAUAGCAGAAAACAAUGAGGCGGGCAGACUGUUAUGUACGGUAUCUGCUGUAGAUCCGGAUGAGGGAGCUAAUGCAAACCUCAUUUACUCCAUCGCUGAGAGCCACAUCCAUGGUUCUCCGGUCUCUUCAUUUGUCUACAUUAACUCCGAAACCGGAAAUAUUUAUGCACAAAGGUCUUUUGACUAUGAACAAUUCCAGGUUCUGCAGAUAACAGCAAGAGUGGAAGAUUCCGGAUCUCCAAAAUUAUCCUCCAAUGUUUCCGUUUUCAUCUUUAUUCUGGAUACAAAUGACAACUCUCCCACUAUCUUAUACCCAGAGAAUACAGGGGAGACCAUUGCUGAAGAGACCAUUCCCAGAUCUGCUGGUGCUGGUUACUUAGUCAGUAAGGUGUCUGCAGUGGAUGUAGAUUCUGGGCACAAUGCCUGGCUCCUCUAUAGUCUGGUUCAGUCUACCAGUCCUGCUUUAUUCCACAUCUCUGAAUACACAGGAGAAGUCAGGACUCUCCGAGGAUUACAUGAGACGGAGAACACGGAGCAUCAACUUGUGAUUGUAGUCAGUGACCAUGGGGAACCUUCUAUGACAACUACAGCUACUAUCAUUGUGAAUAUAUUAGACUCUGUGGCUCAGGAAAGUCCUAGAUCUCAAGACUUUCUUACAAAUGCCAAAUCUACUCCAGACCUGACUCUAUAUCUUAUUGUCUCCCUUGUAGCCAUUAGUGCAGUUUUUCUGGUCACAUUUACGAUAUUACUUGUCAGGUGCCUUAGAAAGAAUUAUGAUUCUGGGUGUGGAUUCUGCUUUACUGAUAAAUCCCUUUCUACAAGUUAUAUGGAUCAGUACAAACCAACCCUUUACCUGAACUCAGACGGCACAUUGAAAUACAUGGAGGUGCGGAUGGCCCCACCGGAAGCUCCGGGGUCUUGUUAUCCGGCUUGUUUCCCUCCUGUAGCAGAUAUUCCAGGAUUUACAUUAAGUAAAACUGAAAAUGUUCCUCAAUUAACUGAACCAACUGCGGGAUCUAAUCCCUUAUCUAACUCAGACUGGUGUAAUGAUCCCAAUCAGGUGAGAUAUUAG